UUCAAAUUAGAAGUGUACAUUGCACCUAGGGGACAGCAUCGGUGUUGCACGAGCAUUGCAGUUCGCAUAUAAUUUUAGACCAUCAGAGCCGUAUAAAAAUACGAAAAAGCGACCGAGCCCGAGGCGCAACUGCGCCAGCAGGGAGGCAACGCCACAAAGGCCGGACAAAAGAAUGCAACCAAGAAAUGCAAAUUAAAUGCAGCUUUGCUUCUGAUAGAAACGGACGCGUCGUGUCGCGUUGCCUCGUUGCGAUGUGAUUUCCGUGGUCGCGAAUGAUCUGUGUGCGGAUUAUAUAAGUCGAUAAAGGGUUCACAUACCUUGCGGUAAAAAUCCUGUCCAACUGCCACCCAAUGGGUUUUCUGCCUUCUUGAGAUGCCGGCCGAUCAAAUUCAGUAUUCGGAGAAGUAUUUCGAUGAGAAAUUUGAAUACCGGCAUGUUAUUCUGCCACCGGACUUGGCUAAACAUGUGCCAAAGGCUCAUCUGAUGACAGAGACGGAAUGGCGCAACCUGGGCGUGCAGCAGAGUCCCGGCUGGGUGCACUACAUGGUCCAUGCACCGGAGCCACAUGUGAUUCUCUUUCGCCGCAAACGUAUUCCGCCAGAGGAGGCCCCACAGGUGGCAGCCGCUAAUGCCGCCCAGGCUAUUGCGAAUCUGUGCGGUUAACCAAGAGAUCCCGUAAAGAAUCACUCUUCCAUUGACACUAACAUAUGCUCACACAGUAUUUCAUAAGUUAGCAUCAGAAAACCUGAUGUAAAAUGAAUAUCCAUAGCUUUAAGAGCAGUUCAGCUGGCAAGUUCAAAGACACGAAACGACAUGUAGAUGACGUUUCUGUUAAUUUCAUUAAGUUUAUUUACCUAAAAUACAAAUCGAAGCGUACGCCCUGUGUACAGACAAUUUAAAA